AUUACGACAAUAAUAAAAAAAAAAUAAUAAGAAUUAUAAUAUAACUGUACAACAAAUGAAUGAAGCCGGCACAGCCGCCACAGCCGCCACUGCCGUUGAAGCAGAAAAGCAGCGCAAGUUUCGCAUCCAAGCGGCGGCAUUCCUAGGUCUGGUUGGAGGAAUGUCAGCGCUGUUUGGCUUCUCGCGCACACUCUCAACGGCCAAGAAAUCGGAUAGCAAGGUACUGAAACAGGCGGGCACACGCCAGGGCAUGAUACUCAUGGAUGAAGGGUCCGCUUUAGCACUGCGAGCCUUUGGCUGGGGCACACUCUAUGCUGUCCUCGGCACUGGUGCCUUCUGUUAUGGAUUCUGGAAGCUGAGCGGCGCCAAAGAUUUUGAAGAGUUUCGUAUGAAAAUGGGCAGAUCCUUGCCGAGAAUUACAAGCGAAGAAGCACCCACUAGUCGUACCGAUUUCGAAAGCCUUACAGAUCUUAUGAAAUAUCUGGCCACCUGGGCCAAGGAGUAAUUCAACAGCUUACGCAGCUUUAAAUUACAAGCGUGUAUAUUUUUUAAGAAAUU